CACAUGAUUUGACAGUCCGACCAUUGACAACGAUGGCGGAAAGCUAAGGAAGGAAGGUGAGCUGUUGCUGAGGUUUUCUUCAACGUCAUUAUUUACACACGUAAUGGUAAAGGACGUGGUUUGAAUUGCAUUUGGAGAACUAAACAAAAUCCGUUUGCUAAGUAACAUUUGAGGGCUGGGCGUCCAGUUAUCAGACAUGGCUAGCAAGGUUGCUAGCUUGCUAGCUAACGCCGUUUGCUUUCUCACUGUCAAAGCUUGCAGGCUCCAUCUCGGAUGAUGGCGUCUGUUGCUAGCCGACAAUGACGGAGUAACUAGUUACCCUCUGAACACAUUACACUGCCCAAUGCAGGCUUUUUUUGCCACUGGCUUUCUUUGCCACAUUAAUCACGUGAUUAAUGUCGAUCUAGCUGGCAGUGUUCUGUACCAGCCAAUAACACGACUGUCUGGACUCUAUAGGCUAAAUUGAAUUAGCCAUCAUGUAGCCUACUCCCCUACCAUUAUAUAGUUAUGUUGUUUAUAUGUUUAUAGAGAUCUGACAUCUGCCCUGGCCGUGGCAUCCUCUCUACCUUGACUGUUUGUGGAAUGGCUGCAGUUUGGCAGCAGGUGUUGGCAGUGGACGCAAGGUAAGUCUCAUUCAAUAAACUGGUGGCAUGGCAUUGCCUGAUGGCCUCACAGUACUGAUACAAAUAAGUUUACUGAUACACAUCUUACAUUGAUUGCGGUCUAUGGCUAGCCUGGAUAAACCAGACUGACCACUGCUGAAACAAUGGUGAGUGCAGAAGUGAGUCUGGUUAAACCAGGCUAGCCAAGCACCUUGAUUGUAAUGAAACUGCUGUCAGCAUGUUUGUAUUAGUGAAAAGUGAUACUUGGAUAAUGAAUGACUCCAUGUUAUAUUGAGUUUAUACAGCAGUCCGCAGUGCAAGCAAAACAAUAUAAGGAACUGUUUGUCUCUCUCUCUCUAUCACUUCCCCUCGAUCCCUUCCACAGGUACAAUGCAUACCGCACGCCUACGUUCCCACAGUUCCGCACGCAAUACAUCCGCCGGCGCAGCCAGCUACUCAGGGAGAACGCCAAGUGUGGCUUUGAGCCGGGGCUGCGCAGGCAUUACCUGAGGCUGCGCAGCCAGCUGCUGGCCCUGCGCUACGGGCCCCUGUCUGAGCAGAGCAGCUUCAGGGCCAGCAGUGUGCGCAGCUCCCGCACCACAUUGGACCGCAUGGAGGUUAGACUCAGAGACUGAGGGGAAGGUUAGACUCCGAGACUGAGUGGAAGGAGCAGAGGGAAAGGGAGAGACAUAUAGACAGACAAAGAGAAUAGGCUACUGUCAAUACACAGGUCAAUUGAGAUGGUUGGAGGCAGACAGAUGGUAUUACUGACACUAAUAAGGAUGCGUAGUAGGCACACUAAACUGAUCACUUUAGUUGGGAGGAAUAGAUUGAUUUCAAAGAGGUGGUGAGUUCAUAUACAGUGGCUUGCGAAAGUAUUCACCCCCCUUGGCAUUUUUCCUAUUUUGUUGCCUUACAACCUGGAAUUAAAAUUGAUUUUUGGGGGGUUUGUAUUAUUUGAUUUACACAACAUGCCUACCACUUUGAAGAUGCAAAAUAUUUUUUGUGUGCGAAACAAACAAGAAAUAAGACAAAAAAACUGAACUUGAGCGUGCAUAACUAUUCACCCCCCCAAAGUCAAUACUUUGUAGAGCCACCUUUUGCAGCCAUUACAGUUGAAAGUCUCUUGGGGUAUGUCUCUAUAAGCUUGGCACAUCUACUCACUGGGAUUUUUGCCCAUUCUUCAAGGCAAAACUUGCAGCUCCUUCAAGUUGGAUGUGUUCCACUGGUGUACAGCAAUCUUUAAGUCACACCACAGAUUCUCAAUUGGAUUGAGGUCUGGGCUUUGACUAGGCCAUUACAAGACAUUUAAAUGUUUCCCCUUAAACCACUUGAGUGUUGCUAUAACAGUAUGCUUAGGGUCAUUGUCCUGCUGGAAGGUGAACCUCCGUCCCAGUCUCAGAUCUCUGGAAGUCUGAAACAGGUUUCCCUCAAGAAUUUCCCUGUAUUUAGCGCUAUCCAUCAUUCCUUCAAUUCUGACCAGUUUCCCAGUCCCUGCCGAUGGAAAAACAUCCCCACAGCAUGAUGCUACCACCACCAUGCUUCACUGUGGGGAUGGUGUUCUCAGGGUGAUGAGAGGUGUUGGGUUUGCACCAGACAUAUCGUUUUCCUUGAUGGCCAAAAAGCUCAAUUUUAGUCUCAUCUGACCAGAGUGCCUUCUUCCAUAUGUUUGGGGAGUCUCCCACAUGCCUUUUGGCGAACACCAAAGACUUGCUUAUUUUUUUCUGUAAGUAAUGGCUUUUUUCUGGCCACCGUUCCGUAAAGCCCAGCUCUGUGGAGUGUACGGCUUAAAGUGGUCUUAUGGACAGAUACUCCAAUCUCCGCUGUGGAGCUUUGCAGCUCCUUCAGGGUCAUCUUUGGUCUGUUUGUUGCCUCUCUGAUUAAUGCCCUCCUUUAGCAGGUUUGUUGCGGUACCAUAUUCUUUAAUUUUUUUAAUAAUGGAUUUAAUGGUGCUCCGUGGGAUGUUCAAUGUUUCUGCUAUUUUUUUAUAACCCAACCCUGACCUGUUUGGAGAGCUCCUUGGUGUUCAUGGUGCCGCUUGCUUGGUGGUGCCCCUUGCUUAGUGGUGUUGCAGACUCUGGGGCCUUUCAGAACAGGUGUAUAUAUACUGAGAUCAAGUGACAGAUCAUGUGAUACUUAUAUUGCACACAGGUGGACUUUAUUUAAGUAAUUAUGUGACUUCUGAAGGUAAUUGGUUGCACCAAAUCUUAUUUAGGGGCUUCAUAGCAAAAGGGGUGAAUACAUAUGCACUUACCACUUUUCCGUUAUUUAUUUUUUAGAAUUUUUUGAAAAAAGUAAAUUUUUUCAUUUCACUUCACCAAUUUGGACUAUUUUGUGUAUGUCCCUUACAUGAAAUCCAAAUAAAAAUCAAUUUAAAUUACAGGUUGUAAUGCAACAAAAUUGGAAAAACGCCAAGGGGGAUGAAUACUUUUGCAAGGCACUGUAGGCCUACUUUUGUCUCUGGCUAAGAUUAUUUGUUUUUUAUAUGGACUGCAAGUCCCUCACUUGCACUCACUACUUAUGGUUUUCUAUCUCCCUAUUUCUCCUUCCCUCUUUCUGGACAGGAUUUUGAGGAGGACCCCCGUGCUCAGGGGGCUCGUGGGCACCGUCGAUCUGUGAGCAGAGGCUCCUACCAGCUACAGGCCCAGAUGAACAGGGCAGUCUAUGAUGAGAGGUAACCCAAGAAACCCCUCACUCAACCCUACUGACCUCAUUCAUCUUUUAGUCUCUGCUUUUGAAACACUGCAUUGUUUGAUCUUUUUAUUAGCACAGAAUUUCCAAUUUGUAAUAAAUGAUUCUCCCUGAUUAGAAAUGUGGGUUUGUUUGUGCCUACAGGCCCCCAGGUGCCUUGGUGCCAACCUCUGUGGCAGAAGCUAGCCGUGCCAUGGCCGGGGACACCACUCUGAGCGAGAACUAUGCUUUUGCUGGCAUGCACCACAUAUUCGACCAACAUGUGGACUCUGCAGGUGAGUGGAAAGUACAGUAUGUGAUGGAAAGAUCAGUGCAAGGAGUGAGUAUUUCUGUGUCUUCUCAUGUUUUGUCGGGUUCCCUCCUCUCUAGUUCCACGGCUGCAGUUUGCUAACGAUGACAAGCACCUCCUAGCCUGCUGCUCAUUGGACGGCACCCUGUCCAUCAUGAUCCUGUCCCCGUCCCCGCCCAGCGUGAAGGUUGUACUGAAGGGUCAUGCAGGUCCCGUCACCGACUUUGCUUGGUCCCUUAGCAAUGACGUCAUCGUGUCGACAUCAAAGGACGGAACGCUGCGUAUUUGGAACACGGAGGAUGGGAGGUGUAUCCGUGAGGUCAGAGACCCGGAGUCAAGCGAACUGCUUUGUUGCACCUUCCAGCCCAUGAACAACAACCUGACAGUGGUGAGUCAUAGUAGAAUCUCAGACAAAGUUACUAACUCAUACCCAUACAAUAUCCACACUAGCAUAUCACUUAUAAUGCAUGGCCAGGGCCAAUACAUCGCUUUAUUCUAAGUGGUAUGCUAGCUGUCCCUACAAUGACCAAACUCUCUUCCUUACAGCUUUCCUGACCUUUACCAAUGUUCACCCUGACCCCCUGACCUCUGUUCUGUCCUGCCCUGCAGGUAGGGAACAGUAAGCACCUCCUGCAGGUGGUGAACAUCUCCACUGGGAAGAAGGUGAAGGGGGGUUCCAGUAAGCUGACGGGACGGGUACUGUCUAUGUCCUUUGAUGCCCCUGGGAGGAUCCUGUGGGCCGGGGAUGACAGGGGCAGCAUCUUCUCCUUCCUGUUUGACAUGGCCACAGGUACACUGAGAAAAAACAUCCCUACUUCUUAUGAAUAAUUCAUAAUAAUUAAUUGUAUUAAUGAAGUGCUUUAUCACAAUCCCAAAGUGCUAGGCCACAAGUAUGGGACAGACAAGUGUUGUGUGUGACAACUCUGAAUUUCAACCCACAGGGAAGCUGACCAAAGCCAAGCGGCUUGUUGUGAGUGAGGGCAGCCCGAUCUGCAGCAUAUCUGCCCGCUCCUGGAUCAGCAGAGAGGCUCGAGACCCCUCCCUGUUGAUCAAUGCCUGUGUCAACAAACUGCUACUCUACAGGUACGCGUCGGAGAGAGCAAGAGAGCGACUGCUGCUCCAUAAAGCUCAAAAUGCUUAUACAUAUACUGAACAAAAAUAUAAACGCCACAUCCAACAAUUUCAACCAUUUUACUGAGUAACAGUUCAUAUAAGGAAAUCAGUCAAUUGAAAUAAAUAAAUUAGGUCCCUAUCUAUGGAUUUCACAUGCCUGGGCAGGGGCACAGCCAUGGGUAGGCCUGGGAGGGCAUAGGCCCACCCACUGGGGAGCCAGGCCCAGCCAAUCAGAAUAAGUUUUCCCCCACAAAAUGGCUUUAUUACAGACAGAAAUACUCCUCAGUUUCAUCAGCAGUCCGGGUGGCUGGUCAGACGAUCCCGCAGGUGAAGAAGCCGGAUGUGGAGGUCCUGGGAAGGCUUGGUUACAUGUGGUCUGCGGUUGUGAGGCCGGUCGGAUGUAUUGCCAAAUUCUCUAAAACGACGUUGGAGGCGGCUUAUGGUAGAGAAAUGAACAUUACAUUCUCUGGCAACAAGUCUUUUGGACAUUCCUGCAGUCAGCAUGCCAAUUCCACGCUCCCUCAACUUGAGACUUCUGUGGCAUUGUGUUUGUAUGACAAAACUGCACAUUUUAGUGGCCUUUUAUUGUCCCUAGCACAAGGGGCACCUGUGUAAUGAUCAUGCUGUUUAAUCAGCUUCUUGCUAUGCCACACCUGUCAGGUGGAUGGAUUAUCUUGGCAAAGGAGAAAUGCUCACUAACAGGGAUGUAAACAAAUCUCUUCACAAUUUGAGAGUAAUAAGCUUUUUGUGCGCAUUGAAUUUUAUUUCAGCUCAUGAAACAUGAGACCAACAAUUUACAUGUUGCGUUUAUAUUUUUGUUCAGUAUAUCUUGAUUAACUACUGUGUCGUGCACUGGAAUUUGUGUAUGUUAUAUCAGUCUUGUACUGUGUGCUGUUGAUUGAACAAGGAAGGCAUGAUCCACUCUGCACACUGCAUGCUGAGUUGAGUUUGACUGGGUCUCUGUUCCUCUCGUCUUUAUAGAGUGGUGGAUAAUGAAGGCACUCUGCAGCUGAAGAGGAGCUUCCCCAUCAAGCACGGCUCCCAGCCCCUCCACAGCAUCUUCUGCCCUCUCAUGUCCUUCAGACAGGGCGCCUGUAUUGGUAUGAGCCUCACAGCCUUACUCUGACUUUCACUAUAUCUGCUAUAGAUGUUAUAAACAAAAGUGCACCACACUUAGGAACCUUGAUUGUGUACUGGUUGCCAGUACAUCAACUCACUGAAGUCAUAGAGUAGUUACUGUAUAUAACCAUCUUCACUCAGUUAUAGCAGGUCAAUGCAAUCAGUUAUAACCAAUGUUCCCUCUAAUUAUUUUCGGCACUUAGAAAAUUUCAGGUCUGCUGAGCGCAAACUUGAACGUUGUAAAAACUUCCAGCAUGCGUUUACUGUGACCACUGAGGCUGUACCGGCUUUAAGUUACAGUUUUAAGUGGUAGGUGUAGGUUACUGUGGCUAUUUGAUCAUAAUGUACACCUACCAGAGUGGCCUACCAUCCAAAACAAUGGAGAAAAUGCAUCCCAUAACAUUUUAACAUGGAAAUAGCUGUUCUAUCAUUCAGACUACAGUAGCAGCCAAUGUGUGGUGUUCAAUGUAGGCCUACAUCCCAUGAGACUUUUGAAAAAAAACAUGCAGGGCUUGACAUUAUCCUGUUUAUCCACUUGUCCUUCAGACAAGGAGGUGACUGAAAAUGUUGUUGUGUUUGAUGCAAGAAAGCACUUUACAAAAUAAAAUGCAUUAUUAUUCCCAUACCAUUAUUACAGAGAAUCAGACAAAUUAUGCUACCCUCUGCCUAUUGGCUACUUAGCUUAUUCAAGCCUGUCUCAAAAUACAACACUGCCCCUUUAAGACAAAAAAAAGCUCUUUACCUGACUCGCUUUUCAAAGAUGCCUAGAAAUGUACAAGUUUUGUGCUCUUGAAGCAAUCACUAUCUAUAACUGGGCUAAUAAUUCACUAACUAGCAAAGGAUAUUAACAAAAUGUGAACACGUGGCUACAUGUAGCUCUUGCGUUGAUCUCAAAACAAGCACAUCUACUCAUGACGGCUCAUGCUGUUUUAUUUUAAUUUUAUUUCACCUUUAUUUAACCAGGUAAGCCAGUUGAGAACAAGUUCUCAUUUACAACUGCGACCUGUGAACACAGUCCAGUUCAAAGUAAAUGGCACAGAGCCAUAUAUGUCAAUGGUCUAUUUGCAUAUAGGCCUAUUGCAGCUCUGAUUGUUUAUGCCGCACCAGUCUGUGUAGAGUACGGGCUGCGUAGUGCGUGUUAAUGCAAUAGAAUCCUACUCCGAUGCAUUCUGCCUACAACAAAAUGUCUUGCAUAGUUCGUUUUGUUUUGGUAUGUUGCAUUGAAAGUGGCUAAUGCAUUGUUGUUCGGGACGUUUUUAUUUUUAAAUUUAAGGUAGUCUAUAUGAUCACAACGGUAAUACAUUUAGAUCCGUUGUUGUAUUACUUGUGAGGCACAGCUGAACGAGCAUACAUUUAAAUAAUUUGCUUUUUAUUUGUAUUUUACUGGGCUGGUGGUGCUUGCAUCUGAUGGUCAGUCUCAGCAGAGGGAGAGAGCAGCAGACUGAGGGUCCGCCUCUCAACAUCCCUCUGCUCUCCCUUUCCUCUACUGACACUGACCAAAAAGGGACACCGUCUUCCAGCUGAUGAGGAAAUUCGAGUUACACCGCAUUAUUUCUGCCUCAUGCACAAAUUCAUGUUGUUACUCCCAUGAACAGAGAAAGUGAACUAUUCCUCAAUAUUAAAGACCCAAGCCGCUAAUAAUAACAACAACGCAAGCCUAUAGAUACAUUUUCCUACUCAUUCAUUACUGCUGCACUGCUUGUUGUAGCGCUGAAUGGAAAUAGGUAGAACGCGCAUUUUAUGGCUUAUAGAAGUGUUGAAUACAAAGUGUUGACAGUGCUGAGUAAGAACUUAAACAUGAACUCACACAUAAAAACAGCAGCUCUUUGCUGUAUUUGUUGACCGUCUCUCUAGUCAUGGUUUUUAACGUUUUGAAAUCUCACAGUAUCAACUUUGCUGUAGCUUUCUUUUAUGCCUGCUACGGUACUGCAGACACAAUAAUCUGAGCCAUCCGAUUGGCCAGCGGUAGGCCUAUAGUGCACUUUAUUUGCUCUCUGGGCCCGCCUGGAAGGCAGAGUUUGUACCUUCAGACACAUGAAAUGGUUCAAAAUGGCAACAGUUCGCCUACCCGGCGCGCAGUUUAGAGGGAACAUUGGUUAUAACAGGUCGGUUCUCACAAGUAUUCUCUCUUGUCCCUCUUCCCUGUUUUUCUCCUCCUUUUCCACCCCUUUUCUCCACUCUAUAUCCCAGUGACUGGCAGUGAGGAUGCCUGUGUCUACUUCUUCGAUGUGGAGCGCAACACUAAGGCCAUAGUCAACAAACUGCAGGGUCACGGUGGCCCAGUGCUGGACGUCAGCUUCAACUGUGACGAGAGCUUACUGGCUUCUGCAGACUCCACUGGUAUGGUCAUCAUCUGGAGGCGGGAGCAGAAGUGACCAACCAAUCAAAAGCUUCCUUCCAUGCACUACAAAAAAAAUAAGCAACUACCACUUUGAACCAUCCAAUCACUAGAAUGCUAAAUACAAGGGGCAGGGAAGGGGUAUCUGUGUUUUUAAGGCUGGGAUUUAGUUGUUACCGUGAGUGCGGUUUCCGCGAACGCGGGAACAUUGCCAUUAAAUAUAGCCGACAAAGUGCGAUCUAAUUGAAUCCCUGCCUAGGUUUUCAACGUAAAGGGAGCACUGCUCCUCACUGAGGGUCCUGAGAGGCUUGCAUGUGUCAAGAUUAGGACCUGUAAUAGAGCUAACUACUUAUUGUAAAGCAGUAAUACAUCAAAACUGAAUAUACAGUAGUAUUAAAUGACAGCCUUGUUCCUCUGGAGUUGCCCAUUUUCCUUCAUGUGCAUAGCAUUGUAUCAAGAACCCAUCAUAGAAAUCAGUACUGACAUAUUGGAAUAACUCCUGUAUAAAAAUGUUUAAGACUUGAUGGGACCUCAAAGAAAACAUUGUGUGUUUGUGAGUUUUUGUGUGUUUGUAUGUGCCUGUGUGUGUCAUUGAACAUCAUGGUUGCAAAUAACUUUAAUAUAUUUAUGAUAUGCACAUACUGAAUAAAGUAGCCAAAUAGA